AUGCACUCACUCUUCCUAAUAGUGACGCACGUUUUCGGUUUGUUCUUGUUUGUUUAUGGAAUUGUAUUCAGAAUGAUUUCCUUUUCCAAUGGUGAUGAAUGUGAGAUGACAUACUCCAUGAGAGAGUUUGUGGAGAUUGCAACCUCUUUUGAAUCGACAUCUCCCCUAGCAAGCAGCUAUAAUCUUUACAAGUUUCUGGACAGAAGAGACCCUAGAUAUAAAUCGCUCAUGCGAGCAAAACAGCCGAUUUCAGAUUAUCCAGAUUGGUGUGGCAAAAGUCAUGCGAAAGUAAAGGUGGUUUUGUUCAUUCCAGGGCAUUGGGGCUCAUAUACUCAGUCUCGCUCUCUUGGAGCGCAUGGGUUGAAACUCACGGGGAAAGCGGCUGGUGCGACUGUGGAGAGCAUCGUAAAUGCGCUUGAAAGAGGUUCGCUGAGUGGAACUGCGCAAAAUGAAGAAGAAUUCAUAUUCGAGGUCCUAUCUGUCGACUUCGGAGAGCAGGGUGCUGCGCUUCACGGUUCAUUUCUAAUAUCACAGACGGGUUACGUGAGCGAGGCGGUUCGCCAUAUCUCGCGUGUUUGCGAUGUCGACUCGGUCACUCUUGUCGGACAUUCAAUGGGUGGGAUCGUUGCUCGUUUGGUCCCUGUCUUGCACCCAGAGAAUGCCCAUCUGGUUCGAGAUAUUAUCACCCUUGCUUCGCCGCACUCCAAUCCGAUCUACGCUUUCGAUUAUUCCAUACGUGAAGUAUAUGAGAGGCUGGAACGUACAUCUGGGGGAGAAGCAUUGGUCGUCUCAGUGUCUACAGGGCUAAAGGAUGAAAUGAUUGAACCAACCUCGAGUUUUAUGCAGCAGCAUCAUUCAUCCUUUUCAGUGCUGGCUCAAGAUCUGCUGCACAAUGGCGAAUUUGGGAUGGAUCAUCAGGCGAUCACAUGGUGUUUCGAUGUUCUUCAUUCUCUUCGAGCUGUGAUCUGGGAACUCUCAACCGCAGGUGUUGAAGAAGAUGUUGUUACCAGGUUACAACUUGUAAAGAAUCACUUCGGGGCAGACAGUUUUGCAACAAAUUACAUUUUGUCAAGAAAUGAUCUCAAUACAAAGUUCGGAUAUAUUCAUGCAAGCAGCAUCGAGUCGGGAAUGGUUUACAAUAUUCCACAUUUAUUCAGUUUCUUCUGCAUCCUUAGCGGACUACGGUGUUCUUUCAAUUCCAAGUGGGACACCAACAAUUUAAUUUUGACUGUCAUUUGUGGUUGGUGCUUCUGCGACAUCAACAAAGGGUCCAUUUUGAUCCUAACGCUCGUUGCCAACACAGUCCACGCUUUGAUUUCCUCGACUAUUCCUGUUGGAUUUUACAUGGCUGAGGAUCUUGGUGCAUCCAUUGUAAUGAUUUUGGUUCCAUCCACGGCUGUCACUUUUCUGUCUGUUUCGCUCAGAGGAGUGGUAGUUGGCGCAACAACUUUGCAAUAUUAUGAUUCCUACCUGUUUCUCUUUGUCAUCGACUGUAUCUUGUGUUGCCUCUUCCUCAUUGUCGGAUUUUCGCGUUCCUUGCACCAAAGGCGUGACUUGAGUUUUGUCGCUUCGGCAUUCCUCGUUACAAUAAUCUCCGCGGUAGGCUCCUUUUCAUUGAUUUUGUGGGGUGACAGACCACAGGCAAGGAAUUGGCAAUCUUUGCUUUUGAUUCUCUUGUCUGUUCAUUUGUACUUAAUGCAGCAACGAAGGCGAAUGGAUCAUGAACUUGCUCUUACACUGAAUAUUCGAGAUUAUCUCAUCUUGGGUACCAUCGUCGCUGGUGUUAGCAAGUUACUGUUGGAGAGAGGGCAUGCCUAUCGACUUGUAUUUUUCAUACCUGCCCUGACAGUUUCUGACAUUAUCUGCAACCGACUAGCUACCAAAGGGCGAAGAAGACAGAAAGAUUUGUAA